AUGCAAGGCGAACGUCCGAUCCCCGACCUUUCCACCUUUGAUCCUGCUGACCACUCCUGGUGGCAAUGGAGAGAGAUGGGCUCCCCCGAUGACCCCUACAAUCAGAUCCCCAAGCUCAGCCCGGAGGAUUCGCUGUACAAGGAGUAUCUCGACAUCACAGAGGCCGGCUACGAGUCCAUCCUCAAGGACUAUGAUGCCGACGAGGGCUGGGUGUUCUGGAAGGAGCAGGAUGGCAUCACCAUUCACAGCAAGGACCACCCUGAUGACCCCGUCAGGUGCUUCCGUGGUAAGGGCAUCAUCCCUGCCACUGCGGAGGUGCUGCGUCUGCAUCUGGUGCAGGUCGAUCUCAGGAAGUACUGGGACGACAUGUUCCUCGGCGGCACCUACAAGAUCGAGUUGACCCCCACCGUGCGCGUGUGCAACUACAAGUUCAGCGCUCCCUGGCCCGUCGCUUCUCGCGACUUCGUCAUCAUCGCUGGCGAGAAGAUCACCGAUGAUGGCCUCUUCGUGACCGUCGUGAACAGCAUUGAGAGGGAUGACAUUCCCGUGGAGGAGGGUUUCGUCCGCGGCAUGCUCAAGUCCAGCGGCUUCGUCAUCAAGCCGCUCGACAACGACCCCGUUACCGGCAAGCCCCGAUGCGAGAUCACGUACCUCGUGCAGCUCAACCCCAUGGGCUGGAUCCCCACCAUUGUGGUCAACACGGUGAACGUGUCGCAGCCGCUCUGCAUCAACACGCUCAAGAACGCCAUCCUCCUCACCGAGGCCAUGGUCGAGGAGAUGCUCCGCAAGUUCACCGAGCUCCCCGCCGAGGAGUGGAAGGCCGACAAGCUGCGCCGGCUGCUCAACAAGGCGAUCGACAACCACAACGGCAAGCCCGAGAUGCUGUACGAGCCCAUUCAGUACGUGGUCACGGGCAAGCGUAUCUGCGACGAGGACAUCUGCGAGACCCUGGAGAAGAUCGGCAAGGAGGAGGCCCUGUACCGGAUGUGGAAGGGCUCCAUGCCCUACCUCCAGAGCAUCGCCAACAAGGAACUGAACGCCACCGCUGCCGAUGCUCUUGCCAACCCGCCAAAGCACUAG